AUGUCUUCUACUUCGUCCCCAAUAGAGGAUAAGUCCGUUGAAGCCCUGAAAGAUGGCCCCGAUGCGACCGCUUCCCAGAUCACCAAUGACUCAGGCCGUCUCCAUGCUCUGGAGCAGCUAGAAGUCCUGCCCAAGAUGCUCCGGGAGGGUAUUCUUUUCGCAGGAUCGGGUGCUGCGCUGCUGUUGCAAGCUGCCAUGCCCGGCAUCCGGGAUGCAGGUUCCAACGAGGGUGGACACAAAGAACUAGCCAGAGAGCUCAUCGAAGCCCUCCAGGCCAACAUCAGCUAUAUCUCGUGUCUGGUCUUCGGCACCCGGGACGAGCGGAAGGCUCUCAUUCACCUCCUGCAGAGUGGAAAUUCGCCCUUACUCGGCAGCAGUCGCUCGAACCGCUUCGCCGAAUACCCACGGCUGCAGCUGUGGAUGGCAGCGACUCUGUACGCCACUGCCACCGACUUCUAUCAGCGUAUCUAUGGCCGCGUUGACUACGCCAGUGCCGAGCGUGCGUACAGCGAGUUUACCCUGCUCCUGAACUGUAUGGGUAUACCUGCGGGUACUUGGCCUGAGUCUCGUCAGGAUUUCUGGUCUUACUGGGAUCAUCAGGUCUCGCAGUUGACCGCCUCGUCCGAUGCGGCGCAGUUCGAACACGAUCUGCACGAGAGUCACGAUAUGCCGCGCUGGGUGCAGUCUAUAAAGCCCUUCUUGCGCGUGACCACUAUCGAGAUGCUGCCUCCACGUUUGCGUGAGGCCUACGGUCUACGCUCGACGGCUGCUACCCGUGCGCUGUAUCGCACCUGGAUGGGUUUCUCGGUUGCCGUGUAUCCGGCGAUGCCGAAUAAGUGGCGGGCGUAUCCUUUGAGGUUUUACCAGGGUCGGCUGAAGGGCAAGUUGAAUGUGGUUUGA